GCGGACCCGGCCCGGCCGCUCCGCACCUCCGCCGAGUUUGGCCGGCGCAGAAGGGCAGCCAAAAGUUCAGCAUGCAGGAAGUUUGGAGGCAGCUCGGAGAGUAGCGCGUCGGCAGCGACUGCUGCUUCCCGUGCCGUGGGGUUUUGCUUUUUUUGCGGGGAUUGUGCCAUUCCCCCUACGCCCGUACCUCACCCCCCCCCCCUUUCCACCCCACAUACAACUCCCCCAAACACACAAGCAACCCGCAACAAACAAAAAGUCCGGGAACAGGUAAAGAACACGAACGAGGGAAGAACCCUCGGCGGGAGACCCGUUUCUUCGCAGAGACACGGUCCCGCUUGCAGCUGGUCCCAAUGCGACUGUUCAUCCUCCUCCUGCUCUACGCCGUCGUCUGUGCGAACUUCUGCAGCCGUCAGGGCACCACCGCCCCUGCCCAGAGCGGAUCUAUAAAAGCCCUGCGGGCCUCCAACAUCAGGCGAGAUGAGAGCAAUCACCUCACAGACUUGUACCGAAAAGAAGAGACCAUCAGUGUGGCAGGGAAUGGCUGCAUCCACAGUCCUCGCUUCCCCAGCAGCUACCCCAGGAACCUCCUGCUGACGUGGCGGCUCCACUCUCCAGAGACCACCAGGAUCCAGCUGGCUUUUGAUAAUCAGUUUGGACUGGAGGAACCUGAAAAUGAUAUCUGCAGGUAUGACUUUGUGGAAGUGGAAGAUGUAUCAGAGACCAGCACAGUUAUACGAGGACGGUGGUGUGGACACAAGGAAAUACCUCCAAGAAUAACAUCAAGAACAAAUCACAUAAAGAUAACCUUCAAAUCUGAUGACUACUUUGUGGCUAAACCUGGAUUCAAGAUAUGUUACUCCCUUGUGUGUAGCUCGAAAGAGACAGAUUUUGCAAACACUCAGGAAAUGGAUGAUUUCCAGCAUGCAGCCUCAGAAACCAACUGGGAGUCAGUCACAAGCUCUGUCUCAGGGGUAUCCUAUCCCUCUCCAUCAGUGACUGACUCUACGCUCACGGCAGAAGCACUGGAUCAAACCAUUGCUGCAUUUGACACAGUGGAGGAUCUGCUCAAACACUUUAACCCAGACUCCUGGCAAGAAGAUCUUGAGAAUCUGUACACAGACAGUGGCCACCAUUAUCGAGGCAGAAGCUACCAUGACAGAAAGUCCAAAGUUGACCUGGACAGAUUGAAUGAUGACGUGAAACGUUACAGCUGCACCCCGAGAAACUACUCUGUCAAUUUAAGGGAGGAACUGAAGCUGACAAAUGUAGUUUUCUUCCCCCGCUGCCUCCUUGUCCAGCGCUGUGGAGGAAACUGUGGCUGUGGGACUCCGAACUGGAAAUCUUGCAUGUGCAUGUCAGGGAAAACAGUGAAAAAAUAUCAUGAGGUGCUGAAAUUCAUCCCUGAGGCUGGGCAUACCAGAAGAAAAGGCAGAAUCAGAAACAACAUGGCCUUAGUUGAUAUACAGCUGGAUCACCAUGAGCGUUGUGAUUGUAUCUGCAGUUCAAGACCACCCCGAUAAAAAAAAAAAAAAAAAAAAAAAAAAAAAAAAAAAAAAAAAAAAAAAAAAAAAAAAAAAA